AUGAAACUAGACCAUCACAGUACGUCUUCGGAUGUGAGUACUGAUACUUCCACCAAAGACUCUAUGAGUACUGUUUCCGACAAUUCGUCAAUUUCAUCCUCAUUGAAACCACCAACUCAUCUUUUACCGACUAUUCUGACUCCCCCAGGUGAACCAAAGAGCCAACAUCAGGAACCAAUUACUCUUCCAAAUGGUGUACCUGUAUCUCCUGUAAAUUACCCGGUACUUUUGAAAAGUGUAUCAGCUCCGGUACUACCAUCCUUUAAACCCCAAGAUCAAAGGUUACCCAAACCUAAUGGAUGCAUUUUGGUUUCGGCCGUUGAAUUGGGUAGGAUUUUACACGAAGCGAGCCUAGAGGAUUUAGUGGUAUUUGAUGUCAGGCCGUAUGUGGAAUUUUCAAAGGCGACGGUCCCCGGAGCUUUCCAUGUAUGCUUACCAUCGACUUUAUUGCGUAGGAGAAGUUUCACAUUUCAGAAAUUAGUGGACAAUCUUUCGCCGGAGGAACAGUCGCUGUUGAGGAGUCGUCUGGGGAAUCCAAAUUUGAAAGUGAUUGUUUACGAUAAUAGUUCGAAUCAAUUUGAUGAAUCGGUAUCCCUAGGAUGUGCUGGUAUUGCUACAAAAGUAAUUGAGCAUUUCAACAACAAUACAGACAGGAAUGUACAAGUAGCCAUAUUAGCCACAGGAUUUCUUCAGUUACAAUCAUUAUAUCCAGAAUUAAUUAUUCAAGGGCCAGAAGGCGAAUCAAAAGUGGAUUUACAAUUACAAAUGCCCCAACAGGUAAAUGGGCCGGUAUCAUCAUCGUCCCCAAUUUCAGCACUCUUAAAAUUCAAAUUACCACAAGAUAAUCAAUCGAGCUUCAAAAUUGCUCAAAAUGAGGAAAUUAUGAAUCUGGAAUCCUAUUUGAGUGCCGUAAAUCUCAAGGAAGAACAAGAUCAAUUGUCAAUGAGUACAUUCCAAUUUCCAAGACGUGAGACUAGUGGCUGUGAAAUACGCACAAAUCAAAAUGCGCAUGCUCGCGUGGGUCGCAAUGUUAAAUGUGGCAAUGAAAAACUACGAUUUCAAUUACGUUAUGGUUCAAUGAUGUCUCGUUAUAGCCAAUGGGCAAUCGAUUCAAUACUGCCGAAAUGGUUCCAAAGAUUAAUGGAAAGAUCCAAAAUCGAUUUUAUCUUACAAUUCCAAAAACUAGAUUAUCUGGAGAAGAAACGUCUCAACAGAAGUUUUUCUCACAGAUCCUCUCAAAGCGCACUUUAUGCUCCAAGAAAUUUAGAACCACCAUCAGAUGGUAAAUUACAAAAGAGGUCUUAUUCACACCCCGAUUGUCUUUUCGAAUCUCCUAAAAAUUCCAAGGCAUUGUUCACUCUAGAAUCCGAAGAUGAAGACGAUGAAACUGUAACAAUCUCGUCAGGUGUUGAAUUAGGAACCAAAAAUCGUUAUAAAGAUAUUUUCCCCUAUGAGCAUUCAAGAGUUGUCUUGAGAAAAUCUGUUUCAUCAAUAAGUCAUACGCCGUCGCCUGAUAAUGAGGAUAUUUGGGAUUCUUAUAUUAAUGCUAACUAUUUGAAUUUGCCGCACUUAUCAACGUCAACAAUAAAUGGUCGUACAGGAAAUUGUAAAGUAAGGUACAUUGCAUCCCAAGCACCAUUGGCAUCAACGGUAUUAGAUUUUUACACUUGCAUUCUUAAUAACAGAGUUCCAUUAGUUUUCACGUUAACGGAUAGUUUUGAAAAUGGUCUGGAAAAAUGUUUCCCAUACUGGGAAGAAGGUGAUUAUGGCGGUAUCAAGGUUAAAGUAUUAGAAGCAAUAAGUUUACCGUCACUAGUAUCUUCACAAGGUAAAUCAGUAACGGUUAUGAGAAGAUUGCAACUUACUUACGAGCAAAAUAAAACUUUCCAAGUAUUACAGGUUCAUAUUACAAAUUGGCCCGAUCUAGGAACUUUGCUAGAUUCAACACAAGUAAUCCAAGCGAUUAGUAUAAAAAACACUGUGGUAAAGGGACUAUUUGAAAAUAACGUUUAUCCAAGUGGUCAGGUACCGACUAUUUUAGUACACUGUUCAGCAGGCUGUGGGAGAACUGGUACAUGGUGUACAUUGGAUUCAAUCAUUUCAAACUUGGAUACUUUUGACCAGUUGUAUAAGGAUUACGAUUUUGGUAAAAAUUACGAUCCAGUUGUUUGGACAAUUAACAUCUUCCGCAAACAGAGAAUUUCCAUGGUGCAAAACGUUAAUCAGUUCCUUUUCAUCUACGACUGUUUACUGGACUAUUUCUUGCUUCAAUUGAAUGAUACUUUGGAUCAAGAACAAAAUACCAUGAGAACACUGGUUAACAAGAUUAAUGAGAUGGAAAUCGUUCAAAAUCUAAUCAGUACGAAAGUCAUUGAAAUGACUCCCCCAUGA